CCCAUUUUCUCCAAAAAAAGUUGAAAUUUUUCGGUUUUGUAUUACCUCGCGACAUCUUCUUCCUUCUCGGGUUCCCAAUUCCCUCAAUUUGGGAACCUGAAAAUCUCUUCCUCAACUUCAUGAUCAAUUCUUCAGAAUGGGUCUCAAGCUCUCACGAGGGCCUGUAAAAGAAAAAUCACCUUUGGAAUUCACAAGGGUUCACAUUCUGACUUACUUCACCACAAAUUCUUACCUACGUAACUUGGUGUCCAAGAAACGAAGACGGUUAAUCAUCGGUGGAUAUGAUCUCGACAUGUCUUACAUCUCCGACAAAUUAUUGGCAAUGUCUUUUCCAGCUGAACGAAUGAGAGCAGUCUAUAGAAACCCUCUUUGGCAAGUCAAGUCCGUGCUCGAUAUGCGACAUCCUGAUCAUUACAAGGUCUAUAAUCUAUGUAUAGAGGAAUCUUAUGAUCCAGACAACUUUUAUGGCCGCGUGGAGCGAUUUCCGUUUGAUGACAAUCAUGUUCCAUCCCUCAAAAUGAUCCAACUUUUCUGUGAAAGUGUUCAUUCUUGGCUCUCAUUAGAUCCCAAGAACAUCGCGGUUGUUCAUUGCAUGGCAGGAAAAGGUAGAACAGGGCUAAUGGUAUCGGCGUACCUUGUUUACGGUGGCAUGUCAGCUGAAGAAGCUCUUGAGAUGUAUGCAAGCAGAAGAACAACAAACAAUAAUGGAGUCUCAAUACCAAGCCAACGUCGUUAUGUGAAGUACUGGUCAGAUUUACUUUCGUUCAGUAAAAAAGGACCUCCCGAGGUUAAAUUACCGCAAGAACAUAGCAGAGAGUUGUUGCGAAUUAGACUUUAUGAUACAGCUAACGUUGAUUCCGUCUUCUUUGUGGUUUCAGAACUUCAGGAGGUUCCAAAUGAGAUGUAUCGACCGUCUGUAGAACUUGCAAGAGGUUGUUGUAGACAAUUCAAGAAAGGGUAUUGUAGAAGUUCGAGUCCACGGUAUUAUAUAUCUCAUGUGAACUGUGAUUCAGAAGAAGAUGAGGAAGUAACAGACGGAGAAGAGCCACAUCUUGUUGUUCAGAUGGAUACAGAGAGUUCCAUUAUCGACGAAAAAACUUGUCUUGAUUUCUACUUUGACAAACCUGUGAGAGUUAGUGGUGACAUACGCAUCACAUUCUACCAGAAAAUGAUUGGAAGCCGCCUUUUUUAUACUUGCUUCAACACAGCUUUUAUAACCAAUGGCUUACUUCAGUUUUCCAUAGGAGAGCUAGAUAAAGUUGGUGGUAACGGAAGAUCGAUAUCUGGUCCUGAUUUUAGCUUGGAGUUACUCUUUGGCCCAGCUUGUUCGAAAUUCGGAAAGUUUCUUUCCCGCGAUGACCUUUCUCUCUCUUGAGGCCUCAUUUUCAGCUCAUUGGAUUUCAACACUUGAGUUUUUAAACGGUUCUGUUUCAUCACUCAGCCACAAAAGAGGCCUGACUAGCUCAGCUGAGACCUGCAAAACACUUCAAUGGCUGAUAACAGUGUUUAGCAUGUACAAAUGCAGAGGCAAAUGGGAGAUCAUCAAACAAUGUCAGCAAACGAACCACUUUCUCAACAAUGUUUUGUUUUGUUUUUGUAGCAGGGACUGCAAUUUUGGUAAAUGAUAGACAGUAAUAAGAUUUAUGGGAUUCUCUUACCAUCCAUUUUUUUCAUUAAGAUGGUCUGUUUCCAGUUUUAAGAACCACAUUCUCUGUUUUGAGUACAUACAUAUCUCCAUAGCAAACGUAAAGGAAACAGUUUUAUUAUUAUUGGAAUACAACUUACCAUCAAACUGUCUUCAAUGUCA